AAGAAGAAGAGGCUCUGUUUCCAUGGUAACCCGAGACCGCACCGGAGCGGAGCGCCGAUUGGGCCAACCAGCCGGAGCGGUUACGAACAACAGUCAAGACUUGCCGGUCACCGGGAAGAUGAUCGGUGUAAAAAUUAUGGUACUACACUUCCUCGGGUACGGCAGCAGGAAUUGUGAAUGAAGUGUGGACGCGGGGAAACAUCUGGAUGUCUCAGAAGCAGGUGUCAGCUAUGCUUCAUCUGCCCCUGCUGGUAACGGCUCAGGUGGACCUGGUCCUGGUUCUGGUCUCUCUGCUGGCCUUCUGGAGCAGACUGGGCCAGCUGAACUACCCCAGCUCAGUGGUGUUUGACGAGGUCUACUAUGGACAGUUUGUGUCUCUCUACAUGAAGAGAGUCUUUUUCAUGGACGACAGUGGACCGCCGCUUGGUCACAUGAUCCUGGCCCUUGGAGGGUACCUGGGGGGCUUCGAUGGGAACUUUGCGUGGGACAGAAUCGGAGCAGAGUAUCCCAGCGGUGUGAACGUGUGGAGUCUGCGGCUGCUGCCGGCUCUCUGUGGAGCGCUGUGUGUUCCUCUGGGUUACCUGCUCACCCUGCAGCUGGGCUUCUCUCACCUGUCCGCUCUGGGAGCUGCGCUGCUGCUUCUCCUGGAAAACUCUCUGAUCGUCCAAUCACGUUUCAUGUUACUGGAGUCAGUUCUCAUCUUCUUCAUUCUACUGGCUUUCUUCUCAUACCUGCGCUUCCACAAUGCUCUCAACACCUCCUGGUCCAGGUACAGCUGGCUCCUCCUCUCCGGCAUCUCCUGUGCUGCAUCUGUCGGGGUGAAGUACAUGGGCGUGUUCUCUUACCUGCUGCUGCUGGGUGUGGCCUGCGUACACACCUGGAGCCUGAUUGGUGACCGAGCCGCCAGUCACCUGAGUGUGUUUGUUCAGUGUGUGUCCAGAGUUGUGUGUUUGCUGGUAGUUCCGGUUCUGCUCUACGUGUUCUGGUUCUACAUUCAUCUGAGUCUGCUGAACCGCAGCGGACCGCAUGACCAGCUAAUGAGCUCCGCCUUCCAAGCAAGCCUGCAGGGGGGUCUCUCCAGGAUCACUCAGGGUCAGCCUCUUGAGGUUUCUUACGGAAGUCAGGUGACUUUAAGAAGCGUCAGCUCCCACCCACUCCCAUGUUGGCUUCACUCUCACAAAGCCAACUACCCAAUCAGGUAUGAAAACGGACGGGGGAGCUCCCACCAGCAGCAGGUCACCUGUUACCCCUUUAAAGAUGUCAACAACUGGUGGAUCGUCAAACACCCGGGCAGGCAGGAGCUGGUGGUUGAUACCCCUCCGCAACCUGUCCGUCACGGUGAUGUCAUCCAGCUUGUUCAUGGGAUGACCUCACGCUUUCUCAACAGUCAUGACGUGGCGGCUCCCAUGAGUCCUCACGCCCAGGAGGUUUCUGGAUACGUGGACUUCAACGUCUCGAUGCCGGCUCAGAACCUGUGGAGGGUGGACGUCUCAAACAGAGGAGCGGAGUCCGAGGUCUGGAAGACAAUCCUGUCUGACGUUCGAUUGGUUCACGUCAACACAUCAGCUGUCCUGAAGCUGAGUGGCGUGUCCCUUCCAGAUUGGGGUUUCCACCAGUUGGAGGUGGUAGCAGAACGACUCAAGCUCGGUUCUGGCUGGACCGUGGAGGAGCACCGAUAUGGAACCAGUCAGGAGCAGAAAGAGCGGGAGGCGGAGCUUCAUUCUCCCACUCACAUUGAUGUCAACAGGAAGAUCUCCUUCUGGGCCAAGUUCCUGGAACUCCAGUGGAAGAUGCUGACUGUGAAACAAGAAGAGUCCGAGCACAAAUACAGCUCCACCCCCUUGGAGUGGGUCACCAUGGAAACCAACAUAGCUUACUGGCUGCACACUUCUACUAAUGCUCAAAUUCAUCUGAUUGGUAACCCUGUUUCAUGGGGAGUGGCCAACUUCAGCCUGCUAGCCUAUCAGCUGCUGGCAGCUGUGUACCUGUUGAGGAGAAGGCGGGGCCUCAGAGACCUCCCUGAUGGUGUGUGGGAGCGUUUUGUGUUUCUAGGCUGUGUGUGUGUUGGUGGAUGGGCGGUGAACUUUGUCCCCUUCCUGCUGAUGGACCGAACCCUCUUCCUCUACCACUACCUGCCUGCACUGACCCACCUGUACUUACUGACCCCCGCCCUGCUGGAGCACAUACACACUCAUCUGUUCAGCAGUGUAACAUGCCAACGAGCACUGUGUGUGUGCACAUCAGCUGUUCUGGUUUCUAUCUUCCUGUCCUGUCGGACCUUCUGCCCGCUGACCUACGGCAUCCCUGAACUGUCAGCCAAUCAGCUGCAGGCACUAAAGUGGAGAGACAGCUGGGACAUUCUGUACCGCCGCCGCUAAAGACACCAAGUCCCAGAGACAGAUUAAGACACUCAAAGACUCACCGAGACCUGGAUGGACUCCCUGGGACCCGAAGAGUAACAAUGCACCGUCAUCUGUGUCAAUGAUGAUGACAUUUGGGGAGGAGCUUCAGUCAUGUGACCUUUGAAGUCUGAUUACAAAUUAAAUCUCAGGAUUUAAAUUGUGUAUUUUACUGAUUUCAUCCAGAGAGACUUUCUGUUUGCAGAUCAGAUCUGAUGAGUAAAAUAAAACUCGUUUUCUUUUAAUUUCA